ACACACCUACACACUCACCUGAGUUUCUGCAGUUUGUCGUCUGCCCCCAUGUUGUUUUAUGCAAAAAGAGUGCGUCUGGAUAGGACACACUGUAGGCCUUAUGCAAAUCACCUGUCUAUCAGCUUGUGUGGGAUCGUGAAAAAGGUGAAUACCUCUCCCUGGACCCACUUGUGCCAAAUGUUGAAGUUUCUCUGUAACCUCCUGCAUGUAUCUUGCUCCUUCUUCCAUUCAUGACCGACUCAGGAUUGUUGAAGAAAUAAAGAGAAGCACGGUCAGAUUCUCCUGUUUUGAAGAUAUUAAGAUGAGCACAGAGGCUGUUGAGCAGAGGGAUCCUCAGCAUGAACACGCAGAAAUCGAACAAAAUGGCAUUGACUUCACAAGACAGAUAAAGACCGAGGACCUGAACGAUUCUCCUCACUCCGCCUCGUCGCAUAAGACAUGCCAUCUCACGCAGGGUUCACCAGCUCCUACAGGGCAGCUGCCUGGGGACUUGCCAUCACUGCACCCACUUCCCCAGCUGGUCCUCAUGUCUGGCUCACACCUUUCCUCAUCUUCACCUUUCCUCCUGUCCCAGGCUCAAACCGGACACCAAGCACUACUGCAGCCGAAUCUCCUGUCCUUGCCCUCUCAGUCCCAGCCUAGUCUCCUGCAGCACCAGCCUGGCCUGGCCCUCACACCUCAGGCCAUGGGUCGAACAGGCUUGGCUGGGUCCUCCAUGGAUGCACACUUGGACAUGCCCCACUUACAGGUGCCAAAGCACGUAGGUGCUUCGCAACAGGACGAACCAAGUGACCUGGAGGAGCUGGAGCAGUUUGCCAAGUCCUUCAAACAAAGACGCAUCAAGCUGGGCUUCACACAGGGAGAUGUGGGUUUGGCUAUGGGGAAGCUCUAUGGAAAUGAUUUCAGUCAAACCACAAUUUCCCGCUUCGAGGCUCUUAAUCUCAGCUUCAAGAACAUGUGCAAGCUCAAACCAUUGCUGGAGAAGUGGCUCAGUGAUGCUGAAAACUCACCCUCGGACUCGAUGGCUAAUCCUGCCACUUUACCACCUCUUAUGGAAGGAUAUGGGAGGAAAAGAAAAAAGAGAACGAGUAUUGAGACCAACAUCAAGCUCACGUUGGAGAAACGCUUCCUAGAUAAUCCCAAACCAAACUCAGAGGAGAUCACGCUGAUUUCGGAGCAGCUUUCGAUGGAAAAGGAAGUGGUGCGGGUGUGGUUCUGCAACCGACGACAGAAGGAGAAGAGGAUCUAUUGCCCAAUUGCCACCUCACCUAUAAAAUCGCACAACUACAAUGCCAGACUACCUGCAUCUAACAGACCAUUCAGUCCUCUUGCUUCAGGAGGCGUGUCGAGCAGCUCGUCUCCUAACAGCCCGAGUCGUGGCUCUUCUCCCAACACUCUGUCUUCGUCCUCUAGUCCUCUGACAUCACAGGGGGUCAAUCAAUCCUUCAAUACCCCUGGGUCCUGGUAUCGUUGGAACAGUCCUGCGUAUCACCACUGAGAAUCGUCAAGAAUCCCAACCCUUCAUAAAGUGAAAAUUAAAUGUUUACAAGUUUGUUUGGACAGGAAAUGAAACAAUGCUCUGAUUUAUACAUUUAGGCACUGCUGGAGUCCUGAAGUUUCAUAGCUACAUGUUGGAAGAAAAAAAAAAACCAAAAAAACAAAAGCAAUCCCUGUCUCCUUCAUUCAUUUCAGCUAUAAUGAUACAUUUCAUUCAUCUGUUCAUAUGAAGAUCAAACAGCAGGUCUAUCAGACAUUUCAGGUUUAUAUAUAGUGAUGUUAAAUCCACAGUUCUGCAAGGCUUACAGAGAUAUUACAUUUUAAAGACAAUGUUUACAUAUCUAUUCUCAUCUUUAGCCCAUAUUUUAGCAUAAUAUAUUGAGAUCACAUUAGAUGACUUGAGCACACUAGCGACAGUAACAAUUUAAACUAUGCAAAUAUUUCAAGCAUCAGAUUUUUUUUUAAAUUUCAUUUAAAGUGUGUCUUUAUCACUGACUUCACUAUGUAGCAUUUAUUAUUGCAGUCAUAACAUUUUCAGUCUGGACCUAGAAGGCUCGUUAAGUCUUAAACAGUUUCCUAUUUUAUAAUAAAUGUCUGUCUGGUUUUUUUUCCCCAAGUUAAACUCUUCUGAACAUGCUUUUGGAUCUGGAAGUAAUAUGUAGUGGAAAAGGGUGUUUGAUAUUUUUUUCCCUGCCUUUUCCUUAUGAAGUGGUCCAAAGCAUUUGAAGUGCUGUAAUUUUCACACUUUGCCUUUGACGUGAUUAUGUGUCACUGUUGUUUGUUUUGCAUGUUUUUUUUUUUUUUGUGAUGUGUAAUAAUUUUUUGUAAUGCAAAUGUGUUGUACAUUUAAAUGCUGGGCAUGACUGUAUGUUUAACUGUUUGACACAUUAAACAGAUUAAUCAUG